UUGGAUCAACUUGAAUUGGCCACGAUUAAAGAACAAAAAGAUCGCUUGGCCGAACAGAUUAGCCCCCUGAUUAAAUCGGAGAAGGCACGCCUAGUUCGAAGGUUGUGGCACCAUAACUUGGGUGAACUUCCAUCACCAAGUGAGAUGGUCGAAAUGAUUAUUGACCGCUUCGCCAGCAAAGCUGCCUAUAAUGCCAACAAACCCAAUGUCCCCAGGGCUAAUUUAUGGCACUUGAGGGCUUGGUUGACACGAGCACAACAAUCGGCAGAGCGCGAUGGGAGGGGAAACAUGAGUAUAAAAAAGAAGAUUUCUUCCAUAUCCAUAAUUGAAGGAUAUUUCAAGUAGAAGAGCUGACGUAUUGUUUCACAUUUGAAUUUCUCAACCAUUCUACAUUCCCGAAAUAGAUCCUAUCAAAUAUUUUACAUUUUCUAUGAUUAUCUCUAUUUCAGGUAUUCGGGGAAUCCUCCUUAAUAGAUGAAAUAUUCCUAUUAUGUCAAUGCCAAUUGAAUCAAUGUUAUUAGCCGUGAAUUCGAACUUUUUGGUAUUUUCUGUUUCUUCGGAUGAUAUGAUGGGUCAAUCAUUUGCUUCAUUGGUUCCAACGGUGGCAGCUACGGAAUCUACUAUUGGGUUAGCUAUUUUCAUUAUUACUUUCCGAGUCCGAGGGAAUAUUACUGUAGAAUCUAUUAAUAGCAUUCAAGGUUAAAGAUGACUCCUAGAGAGUUACCAAAAUACGAAGUUCUCUUCUCCUUUCUUUCUCUUCUUUCUUUUUGAUACUUGGUUGGCAGGGUCAGGGCCUUUCUCACUGGGCGAGCGCAUCCGAUUCAUCAUUCCUUUCUUAUUCUUAAACCACUUCCCGUUCAGUUGCUGAAAGAUAGAGAUCAAUCUUUCUAAACGAGAUUGAGUUCCACGAAUAUGCAGGCUAGAAAGAUGCUAUUUGCUGCUAUUCUAUCUAUUUGUGCAUCAAGUUUGAAGAAGAUCUCAAUUUAUAAUGAAGAAAUGAUAGUAGCUCUAUGUUUUAUAGGCUUUAUCAUAUUCAAUCAGAAGAGUUUAGGUAAUACUUUCAAAGUGACUCUCGACGGGAGAAUCCAGUCUAUUCAGGAAGAAUCGCAACAAUUCCCCAAUCCUAACAAAGUAGUUCCUCCGAAAUCCAAUGAACAACAACGAUUACUUAAGAUCAGCUUGCGAAUUUGUGGCACCGUAGUAGAAUCAUUACCAAUGGUAUGCUGUGUGCCUAAGUGUGAAAAGACAGUGCAAGCUUUGUUAUGCCAAAACCUAAAUGUUAAGUCAGCAACACUUCUAAAUGCCACUUCUUCCCGUCAUAUCUGUCUUCAGAAAAAUAUAGCCAUAAAGAUGCACGUCUUAGUGGGGAAAAGAUUUUGCCCCCGGUGUAGCUCGAAAGCAAAAAGAGUAGAAUUCAUUUGAGAGACCUUGGUGGUCUUAAGAAUGGUUCGGGUGGGCGAUUCUCUUAAGAAUAAAGAAUUCGAAUAGAAUCUAAUUCAUAUUCAUGUUAACAGAAGAGCGGAUCCAAUACCAAGACGCU